AUGAACAAUAAUACGCAACUGCGUAAAGUAAUGAGAUCGGCAUAUUUUCGACGUAACAACCAGCAGUUACCAGGACCGACUAGAUCAGCCAAGCUUUCUGGUAAUGGCUUCAUGCACCCAUCGUUACCACGCGGUUAUGGUUAUGGUGAUCGAUGGAAAGAAAUGCAAGGAACGCAAGAAAUGAUGGCGAGAAAGAGCAGAAAUAAGCAGGACACAGAUUAUUUUAAAAUUAAGAAGCAAAACUUGAAUGCUCAACCAAUGACAAAGAAAAUUUCAUCCAAUAGACAGAGCAAAAAAAGUUAUGCAAUGCGAAAUUCUCUAAAAGACUGCGAAAGAAGCAGCAAAUUUGUAACCGACGAUAUUCUUCGUUCUUUUGGCGUUCUCGCUUCCGACUAUUCGGUAAGUGUCAUAGUCAACAAUUCAACAACACUUUCCAUUCCCUCCUUUUUAUCCUACUGA